AUGCUCUACCUGCUGCUCUACCUGACGACAGUCUUUCAUUUUAGUACCUGUAGCUCCAUGGAGCUUUGUCAGGGAGACAACCAGUGCAUCAUAUGCACUGCAACUGGGCCCACUGUCAUCGACGUCCACGGCCAGGUUAACUCUGUGCAGGAUCGGUGUGGGUACACUCUAAUGAAGACCACAUCAAUCCCAGAUUUCCAAGUGCACGCAACCUUCCAGGAACGACGGCGUAAAGAUGUCAGUUUUUUGGACCGUGUGAUCCUGCAACUGGACAAGCCAGCUGUUCAGAUUAAUCUGGAACAAGGUGGGAGAGUCCAGCUGGGCGACUUAAUGAUGACGCUCAAUGACACAGCUCAGCUGGUUCAUGGUGUGGAGCUCUCUAAGGACCAGACCGGAGUGACCGCCAAGAUGUCGCAUUUAAACACCACGAUGACCGUCUUCUUCAAUGGCUACACUGUACAGAUACACAUUAAAGGACCAAGUGGACAAGUCCCAUCUGUGCAUGGUUUAUGUGGCAACUCCAGCCAGCCUUUGAAUGAAGUGAGGCUCUCUGAAUACAGUGCCUCAGGCUGUGAGACGCAGUACGAGGACACUGCUAACAGUACGAUCAACUGCAACAACAUGACUGAACGCUGUAAUCUCCUGAAGGAGGCGUUUUUCACCGCCUGCCACACCCACAUCGACCCACAACCCUACGCUACUGCCUGCGCCAACAUUUUGUGCAAAUAUCCUGCGGUGGACGGUCUUAACUGUCAGUUUCUGGAGGCUUAUGCCAGAGCCUGCAGCCUGUACAGCAAGGACACAAUGGAGGGCUGGAGGUCGAAGGCCAGCUGCUGUAAGACUGCCUACUGUCAGGACUGGUUCUGCAGCGCUCAUGAGUUCUGUGGCGAGAACAGCAUCAGUGGUGGAACCCGCUGUCACUGUCGGGCCAUCUUUGCCUCCACAUAUAGAUCUCAAAACACUUUAGGUGACGGUGUGGUCUGCAAUAAGUCCUCUCUGUCAGUCACUCUGGUUGGUUGUCUCCUUCAAGACAAAGGCAUUCACUACUCUGACUUACACCUGUACGACAACACCUGCAGAGGUCAAAUGGACAACGUAACCCACAUGGUGACCUUAGGCUUCGACACCAAAACCAACCCCUGUGGGAUGAUGAUCAGGAUGAACAACAAAAGCCAGAUUAUCAACAAGAAUGGCGUCAUCCUGGAGACCACCAAAGAGCAGCUGGCGGAUUUCACCUGUCCCUUUAUCAUGCCAGAUAUAAACAUCGAUUUCUCAGUGGGCAUCAAAAUCAUAGGAGGCACCAGCAAUGGUUCGUACGAGUACGUGAUAACUGGAGUGUGGAACUACACUCUGACCAUGAAGGCGUACACCGACCCGGGCCGGACACAGACUGUGACCUCGAACACCGAGCUCCAACUGAACCAGAAGGUCUGGUACGAGCUGAAGACGGGCGGCCUGGAUGAUAAAGAGGUCGCUCUGGUGACGCACUCCUGCUUCGCCACCGACGACCCAUCAGGAAACUCGAGUCUGAGAUACGACCUCAUCAUCAAUGGCUGUGCGAACCCUGCUGACAAAACGGUGAACGUGCAGAGCAAUGGAGAGGGAACGUACAACUACUUCUCCUUCAACAUGUUCCAGUUCAGCGGGAAGCAAGGAAACGUUUACCUGCACUGCAAACUGAACCUGUGUGUCAAACAGAACAAGACCUGCGCCCCGAGCUGCAGCCCGAAUGAUAGAACACGCAGAUCUGCCACAUCUGAACGUGGAGAUGAAAACUCAGCCAUCAUCAUCAUGGCCUGGAGCACUUAG